AUGCACAAUAUUCUCAAGGUCCGAGAUAUUGAAACGCUGAGAAACUCUUUAACCGGAUGGUACAUUUUCUGGUCCGAAACACCGACGCAUCGUGUGAGCGUCUUCAAAUUGUUUGCCACCAAUGGCGACACUGCCAGGACCCAAAAAAAAGAGACCCUCACAAUGCGCCGGUAUUCUCAAGCUCUCCUCACCGCAUGGAAGUGCUUGGGAUAUAUUGAAAACGCGGAUCGCGCCGCUCCCGGACGAGAGAACGUUCAAUUAUGGCGUGAUAUUGGGCUUAUCGAGAAGGUCACUCAGAAGUCUCUUUCGGGAAAAAUCACUUUGAAAAAAGAGGCUCUCCCACUCGAUUGUGUGGAGACGCUUGUUAAGAGGCUGACGAGUGAUUUGAACGAAGCGGAGCUGCAGUCGAUUCUCCUCCUGGUCGCAGUCGGAUCCCUCGGACUGCGACCCGGAUCGAUGAGUGAAAAUUCGUAUUCCAAUUUCGAGGGACUUCUUCCAAAAGACGUAAUCGUCUACCGUGUUCCGAACGCACCGUUCGACGAGCCUCACCACUUCAGAUUUCGCGUGUUGGUGGGGCUCGUACAUGACAAAACACGCACCGACGAAAAUUUUGAGCCGACAUUCAUGGGAUUAUCCCACCCGGUAGUGAAGGCCGACGGCACGGAAAAUUGGGGGCUAACGGGCGCCGCAGGAUGGGUUUUUCAGCUCAUCCUCGGCGGCCACAUCGACGUCACCUCACUUCUCGAGUGGAAGUGCACGACAGAACGCCGUGUCUCAUGGGAAAAAAACAGGGAAAUGCCAAUCUGGCUCCGGCCGAAGCCCGGAAACAGCGGCGAGCUCACACGCGAAAAAGCCACAAAUUUGAACGGGUUAAUGAAAUAUGCGUUGGACAAAUUUAAAUUGCCCAACUCGUUAUUCACGAUGAAAAGCCUAAGGCAAGGCUAUGCGACAAGCCUCGUGAAUAAUGUCGCCGUGUCACAAGAGGCGCAAGCAAUCAUGGAUACGCGAAUGGUCCACGAAGCGCUCACGUCCUGCCCAAAUUGGCGCUCUGGGCAGGCGCGAAAUUACAUUAAUGGGCUCGUUUCAAGCGUGCAAGAGCAGCCGUCGUCCGUCAUUGGCUUCACCGCCAAUGAUUGGUUGGCGGCUUCUCUUCGCAACAGCGCGAGCAACAUCGUGUUGAACUCAAACUAUGAAUUCAAAACGACGGGCGAAAUUCGAAACGAGUGUAAGCUCGCCGACGAGAAGCCGAACGUCCGCUGUCUGAAAAGACUCCGAGACUUAACCAACACAAUGGCGUUCCUCGAUUCGAAGAAGAGCGGCACGCCUCGCCCCGCCGAGAGCGACGACAUUGUUGGGAAGAGCGAGGAUAAACACUGGAACAACAACAACGACGACAACGAUGUGCUCAACAUGGUACGAUGUGUUCAGCAGUUGAAUGCGGCAUCAUUGGCAAACGACGUACCGUUUAAGGACAUUUUAGAGCAUGCCCUUGUUCAGCAAUGGAACCGAUUCGAGCCUAUCUUGUGCCCCAUUUCAAGUUGUAGAAUGGAGUUUAAGAAAGAUGGCGAAAAUCGAUGGCUUCUUCAUUACCAGAAUGAACACGAGAAGAAGAAGAACUCCCUUCUUUAUUUGUGCCCUUGUCGUCAAAGCAAUCAUCCGUUGGUGCUGAAGACAAUGAGAGCGCACGCAAGGAAGGAACACAUGGAAUCCUCGUGCCGAAAUAAAUUUCAAUUGAAAUUUAUCUAA